UUAUUUUAGAAACAAAAAAGGAAAUCUGUGUAUGCCAGGGCUCCCUUCGUGGAAGGUCAUGCUAAUUGUGUGCUAGGAGUCCUCAAGCUUUGAUGUAAGAGGAAUAGGUCAUUUUGUUCCUUAGCUUUUCUGUGAUACAGUUGUCUUUUCUCUCCCUGCCCAAGUCUCUAGAUUAUUAUUGUAACCUCAAUCUUUCUGAAAACUGUUAUUUGCUUCAGAAGCAACUUCUGCAGUAUGGUAAUGAGCACAUGCAGAUCCCGGGAGCUGUACUGUGCCUAACUUCAGGGAUCUCAUCCACACGCAGACCUUGGCCGGGCUCGACAAGGACCAAGUUGAACAAUACCGUUUGCAUUUCUCUGGUAGAGAUGGUUUCUGUAUGUGAAAAUUAGUAUAUUCACAGACUUGCCUCCCACCAAGAAAUACUAACGACUUGUACCUGGGUUAAGUGUUAACCUCGUGGCUCAUCCGGUGUGCUGAUAGCAGCUAUGCUUAUUAAAAGAAAAUGAAAGACGAAACUCUAGCCAUGAAAGCUGGGGGAGGAGGGGGAGCCUUAGAAGCCAGAUUUGGAGGGCAGACCAGUGUGUAGGAACGAGGGGGCUCAGUCGCUGUGUUGGAGAUUCACGGGCACCCACAGGCACUUUAAGCAAAAGACUUGUCUCUAGGUGUGUCGAGUCUCAAGGUGAAACAGACCUGAACUGGUCUCUGGAGCCACACCUCCUGCCACAUGCAGGUGGUACACAUAAUCGUCUCCUCCCAGAAUAAAAGAUAAUGCUGUGUUUAUAUGUUACCUCCUUUUCACAUACGGAUACUUCUGAAUAGAUGCAUAAUGGCACAUGUACAGAUGUCAUACGGAGUAAUGGACGUUCACGUGUUGAUUUGUCUAUUACUGCCUCCACUUUGAUAGCCCAGUUCACACGUGAAAAAGCCCUGGUGUGUAAUUUAGAGUCUCAGGAGGAUGUAAGAACAUCAGCCCCUCUAUAUACGCUAAAGAGUUUUAUCUAGUGAACUGGAGGUUUCUUUAAACCUGUGUUAACAUAAUGCUUAUAUUUAAGCUUUAUUUAAAAAAAAAUUAAGCUUUUUAAGACGUUGGAAUGCCUCACUGCAUGCUUAGACUGAAGAAUUCUUCAGAAUGUCAUGGUUAGCUGUGACCUCACGGUUUACUAUUCUAAUACUAGCUUUGCUUAUCAAAAAUAAAUGAAAGAAGAGAUUCUAGUAUUUCAUGCUGAGGGAAAAGGGUGCAAUUUCAAAGCAGAUGUAGAAACCACAAAUAGGGUUUUGGGUAAAUUAUAAUUAAAAAUACAUUGUUCUUACUUUUCCUGGCCUUGAUUCUCCUAGUCGAAGGAUAAGAAUAAAGUGGCUAGUGGCAAAAUCUUUGGAGUCAGACCUGGGUUGCAGUCUUUUCUCUGGACCUCACUCUGCUUAGGAUUUGUUACUUCAUGUGUUUGACCUUCCGUACCCUCAUCUCAUCUGUAGAUUGAAGAUAGUAAUACACAGCAGUGGGUGAAGGAAAAGGUUAAAGAAGAUCCUAUCACAUCUGGCACGUAGUAAGUGUCCAAUAAGCUGCUGCUGGUUUCCUUAUUUUUUUUUUUAAUUGAGGAAACGUAUGCCUAAAUAGAAUCCUGCUAUUAGUGUUGGGCCAGAGAAAGACAGUAUUAACACCCUAAGUUGGUCUUUCUGUACAAUUGUGUGCUACAUUAAGUUGUCAUCACUUGGGACAUGGUGAUUCAGUUUGUAGCACAGUGUAGUGUUUUAGAUAACAUUUACCAAAAGCUGAAAGUAGUAUUUUAUUACUGCGUUUUUUUUUAUUUCCGUGCAAAUUAUUCAAGAAAAUUAUUAUUAUUUUUUUAAUUUAAGAUUUCUGAUGCUUUGGGUAUUGAGGCAACAUGCACAUUUUGUCUAUGAUCCUGUUGCUAGAGCUGAGAGCAGAAGGACACUUAAAGGUAUAAGAGACUCAUAAUUACAUCAAUCCUAAAAGCUUAAAACUAGUGGCAGAUAAUUAUAUGCACUAAAGAGCAGUAAUAAUUAACAGGCUAGCAAACAUGGAGGUUAUGUGCUACCAAGGAGACAUUUCUUGAGAGGACUGUGUGCACGUUCACUGUGUCCUUUGACCUUCCUGAAACCUAAGCACCUGCUUCUCUCUUUCCUCUUUCUUUCCUUUCUUUCCUCCUUCCCCCUUCCCUCCUUCUAUUUCCUCCCUCUUUCUUUCCCUUCCUUCCCUUCCUCCUUCCCUCCUUCUAUCCCUCCCUCUCUCCUCUCUCUUUCCCUCCUUCCUCCUUCCUUCCUUCCCUUCCUUCCUUCCUUCCUUCCUUCCUUCCUUCCUUCCUUCCUUCCUUCCUUCCUGUUAUCUCUUAUAAUUAUCUCAACUAUAUAGCAUUUUAUUGUUCUUUGUGAACCAUCAACGUUCAAGGAAGAGAAAAAAGAACAGGAGACCCAUGGUCCUUUCAUGCUAGCUCUGAUUUUAUAAAUGGAAAGUUUAAGAGGAGUCAGAAAAAUCUGUUUUUCUUCCUCCUGCUAUUGAACCAGAGAGGCACAUCUGAGGUGACCUGCAGACCCCAGGGAAGCCUUGCUCAGUAACUGUUUGUUGAUUCAUUGAUUAAACGGCCUGGAGAGAAGGGACAUCAAGCACGGAGAUUCCCUUAGUACUGAAAGCUUUGAAACCCCAAGCUGCAGUGUGCAGUAGAUGGCUUCUCGGUGACCUUCCAACAACUAAUCUCGUUUAAGAACUGAAUCAAAGCGGUUAAGGGAUUUUGUCAGAUGGAUUUUGCCUACAGUUGGGUUUUUGGCAGUUGUGUGUAGAAGGCGAUACAUUCUUCACAAGGAUAUGAAUUUUUUUUCAGAAAGGAAUGAAGACAAGGUGCCAGCAGAGAUCUCUGGAGGGGGACUCUUGUUUAUCUGUGGUACCAUUCAGGCAGGGACAGCUGCAAGGUGGACGACUUUCUCACACUCCCCAGCCAACCUUCGCCUUUGCCUUCGCCACCCUGGUCUGAUAUUCUGGUCAACAAGCUCACUUAGGCAGUGGGCCCCUCUCUGUAAUCUUCUCUUCCAAGGGCAGAGGAAAGGCUUGUGAUCAGAACUGAUAUAUGAGUGGCAGCGGGUAUCUUCUGUCUGUUUCUAGGGACAUCAUAGAGUGUGGGAGUCAGAGCUGGAAACUCUUUAUAUUAAGGGGUAAACAACUUGCUGAAAGUCACACAACUUAGGAGUUGUUAAAAACAGGGCUAGAACUUGGGGUUUCUGAUGCCCAAGCUAGUGUUCUUUGGGGGCUCCUGCCAAAAGAGAGAGCUUAUAUUAUAGUGGGAAAAAAAAUCUAGUUUAGGAAAUGAUGAAACUCUCCUAAAGGGAUGGCUCAAAUGAGUAAUAUGGGUCUGGUUCUACUCCUGAAGCCAUAAUGUAGAAACCCUGUGAUCUUCAGGAAGGACACUUAACCAUUCCGAGCUGUGGUUUCCUUCAUUGUAAAACUGGGAUUAAAAUAACUCUAAUGCUUGUAUUUUAGGUUGUGUUCAGGAUUAAGUAAGAUUACAUACGUAAAGUGUCUUGUCCGAUGCUUGACACAAGGUAGAUGUCAGCGAACGUUAUAGCCAUUCCUCUUUCCUUUCCAAGGUCAGUGGUGGCGUCAUCAGUGGUAGAAUCAUGGGAACGGCUUUAUGUCUGCAUCUGGAAUGGUGUAGCUCAGUGGUUUUCAACAUUUUCUUCUACUGCAACACAUUCAGAAAACAUACGUGAAGAAUGGCCGUGUGCCUGUCAGAUAGUGAUCAAUAAGUAAUAUUAUCACGGGAGUGAUGAUAUCGGUGGUGGUGGUGACGACAAGGAUGCUGAUGUUGAUAGGUGAUGUGCACGUACCACAGAUGAGCCCAGGGCAUAAGCAGCUUCUAAAGCUUUGGCUUGGAUUGCACUGCUCUCCUUCCUACACUAGAGAGGAAAUGCAGAUGUGGUGACCAAGACCAGUGAAUUUUGUAAAUGCAACCACACUCCUUUCCAUUAAAAAGAGAGUAACCAGCAGACUUCUGUACUUUAUUCCUGGUAACAAAUUACUGGCAACAUACCAGCUGGUCUAGAAGAUGCCGUCUUUCCUGGAGGCAUGUGAUUUUUAAAGAUGCUUUACAGCACAGCUCUGGAACUAGACUACAUGGGUUUCAAUUUUGGAUCAACCGCUCACUAGCUGUGAUGAUCUAAGGAAAUGAGGGAACCACUCUUAUAAGUCUCUUCUGUUCCCUCACCUUUAGCUGGAAUAAUAAUGGCACCCACUUCCUAUGAUUAUUGUGAGGAUUACAUGGGUUAACACGUACAAAGCACUAAGAAAAUGUGUCUGGCACUUUUUAGAGAUUUCCAUCUCCAAGCUGUUUCAUGGGUAGUAUCCCAUUCUGUCCCCAAAUUACCAUUAUUAAUGUUAUCCUUGGUGUCGUUAAUGCAUAGAACUGAUUUUUUAGUUUUAACAUAAUAGAAGCUGCUCUUUAUUGUGCACUCACCAUUUAACCAGGGAUUAUGCCAUUUGUUUUACAUGGCAUCUUAAUUGAUCUAAUUCCCCCAUUACUCUUAUGAGAUAGUGUUACCCCCAUCUUAUAAAUGAGAAAAUUGAACCUCCAAGAGGGGACAGAACUUACCUGGCUCGUGAGUGACAGAGCCAAGCCUCCAAUGUAUAAUCUUCCCUAUGUCUCUUCUCCACAUUGCCUCAUUAAGUUGGAGACAAUUUUCAGAGGUGGUGGGAAAGGUGUAUUUUCUGGAAUGAAAGAGAGACCCAAGAAUCAUGAAAUGGAUUUACUCUAGCACAUUUAAAAGACUCAAACCAGAAACAGAGAAGAUGGUGAUAAUAAAAAGCAACUUAAUUUAGUUAUUCAAUUAAAAAAUCUAGAAAUAUAACUUAAUUCUAUCUUUUGGACAGGAAAAUACGAAAGAGGUGGAAAAGGAUAAAGGAUAAUGAGGAAGAGGUAGACAAGGUAGAGAGACAGAGACAGAAGCAGAAUCAGAGAGACAGAGAGAGAGAGAGAGAGGGAACAAGGCAGAGGCAUAAUUAGAUGCCUCUCAUUUAGCACACAAGCAGUUCUGGAGGUAGAUGGUCUAGGAUCAUCACCCUGAUUCUAGACAUUAUUUUUUCCAAGACAACAAAACUGAAAAUAAUGGUUUUGAGAUUUACAUUAUGGUAUUGUACCUUUAAAUGCAGUGUACUUUUCUACUUCAUCAUGCUAACUUUGGAGACAGAGAGAUUCAUACCAAGGUAUAGACACAUGGGAAGAAAGAAUUAUGGGUACAUCAACAUAGGGACAAAUACUGUAGAACCAUCUUUUGGCUUUUUCAGAUAUUAACUCUGAAGAUGUUCUAUUUUUUAAUUUAUUUUUGAGAGAGAGCACAUGCACAUGGGAGAUGGGCAGAGAGAGAGGGAGAGAGAGACUCCCAAGCUGUUUUCGUGAGCAAAGCCCACUGUGGGGCUCAGUCUCACAGACUGUGAGAUCCUGACCUGAUCCAAAAUCAAGAGUCGGUCGCUUAACCGACUGAGCCACCCUAGGUGUCCCAACACUGAUGAUUUUCUAAAGUCGUGUUGUGCUUUUGCAACUGUAGGCUUAAGUUGAAUUAACCUAUAUGUAGGAGACUUGGUGUUUAGUAAUAUUUAAUGCUUUUUAUUUAAAAGUAGUUUUUACUUGUUAUUGAAUUGAUUUUCAAAAAAAAUCUUAUGACUUAAAUAAGUCACAUUUUCUUCCCAAUUUUACAGAUGAAGAAAUUGUGUUUUGCAGAGAUUAAAUGAUCUUCCUAAAAUCAUGGCAACUUAUAGCAGAUAUGAAGGUCAUUCUCUGGUUUUGAGCCUUCAGAAAAAGAUUUUUCCCUUUCCUGUGAUGAUCUCUUUCAAUUGGUAUGGUUAUCACUUAACCAACUUAUAAGAACUUGGGGACACAUGGAGAGAGGAGGGUCACACUUGUGUGCAUAAUGAGGGCCUGUCUGGGAAAUGGAAAGACAGGGCCCUUUUAUUCAGGUUUUGCUAUUGCCUUGCAGUCUGGAAUACCAUCAUCCGAUCUUUAAGGAAUGGUGUAAGGGCUGUGGUUUACAACAUUCCCCGCUCCCCCUCCCAGGUUCCAGGCUGUGCACUGGAGAGAAUCCUGUGCCUUCUUGUGCUUCAGCCUCCUGGGGUCCACCAGCCGCUAUGGUGUCUUCCCCAGACAGUAGCCUGCUGCUCCCACAUUAUGUCCGACUGGCAUUCUGUUUGUAGAGCAGAUGGAGUCCCCUUCCGAGAGGUACUUCCCACUCUGCAUGUUUGUCUUGAGGGUGUGGGUUUGGGUAAGUAUAGGGGACCAGGAAAAGAGGGAGGUACCAAACUGUUGUGUGAGGAAUGCUGAGAUGUCGUCCAAGGAAAGAGAAGCAGAAAUCCUUGUAAUUUCCAAGGUUGAUGUCAAGCCAGCCCACCUUCUUAAAUCAGUUUAAGCAAAAUCCCUGAGGUUAGGCCAGGAGGCAAAGGCCCCAGUGUCCUUUUUGGGGAGGGGGAGAAGGUACCUUCCCAAUUAUCCUUUUUCAGUGUUAAAAUGGUAGAAGUGGAGAGGAGGAAUUGAAAGGGAGUAAAGGUGGCUUUCCAUCUUUUCCUUUAGAAGGUCGUGGAACCACAUGGCCAGUUUUGAGUGAAGACGCCUGAGAGUAAUUGUGCUUGUUGAUGAAUCAUUUUCUUCUGACUGUUCACUGAAAUCACAGGCAAAAUGACUCCCUUCCACGAUUUCUCUACAUUUAAGUACUUCUUCUAAUAAUACAUGAUAUUUGUGCAGUGAAAGUUUAUGAAGUCACAAAUUAUCAUCUGCCUUUUACAGCUGAGUUAACUUAGCGAGAUUAAGUGGCUUGUUCAGGGUAACAGUUUGGUAGAAAGAGAGAAGACUAGAAACUGAACCUUCUGACAUCCAUAUCUGGACUGAUUCCACCUCUCAGAGAUUCCAGUCUUGUGAGAGGGAUGGUGCAGGGUGGGACUAAAGAUGAGUGUAAAGAAAGUUAGGAAAGGGAAGAACACCCUGAGAAUGUUAGAAGAAAUACUUGCAGUGUCUCGUUUUGUGUUGAGUGUGGUAUCUAUGGCUAACAAUGGUGCAAAUAUCUGAUUCUGUCCUCCACUGAGAAAUGAGGGAAAGGAGAAUUGCCCCCUGGAGGCUCAUACCAGAAUGCAGAAUACCUCUCUCUACCCAGUCGUCAGGCUUGCCUCUCUUUCUUAGGUCAGGCAGUAGAGUGGAAAUAUACUCUGCUUCUCAGAAGAAUGAAUUGAGGCAGCUCUAAGUAAGAGACAAAUGACCUUGUACAUGAAACUUAGCUUUCAUGUUUCCCUGUAGUCCCACCCAUUUUACUGUGUAGUAGAAGAGUAAUCCUCAUCCGUAACAUCAUCUCAAAAAACCUAAAUGGCUAUGAGGGUGGACGGUGCAACAUUCCUUCUUCAGAGUGAUUCACGCCCUUACAAGAAAAUUGGGUUGGUCUGAUACUUAGUUAAAAUAUGAGUGUCAUUUUUUUUUCCUUUGGAAGGGAACCUUAUAAGUCACAUGGAUAUUAGAAGGUGAAAUUAAUGUGUGCUCUUUCUCAUAGAGCUCUAUUUUAUUCAUAUCAAGUAAAUAAGAUCCUAAUAUAGCUGCGAGUAGUAAGGUGAACUUCUUGGCUUGGCUUAAUUCUAAGACUAUGACAGAGAAAUUAGGUAUUUGAUAAUGGCUCUGAAAUCUUCAAGUUGAUCUGGCAUUAGUCAGCAUUUGACCACAGAUUCCCGGUAGGAAGUCCAUUCAAGCUAUUGCUAAUGCUUCAAAAGUACUGUAUGUGACUGGCAGAGCGGACAAACCAGUGUCAUAGACAUGUCAGCUUUUUGCCCUCAAGCCAUCAUUAACGAGAAGCAGCUACCAGCUAAUAUUUCAACAUUACUUUUAGAAUGUCAAACUAUUAGUCAUCGAAUAGGCAACAAAUAUGUUCUGUUAAAAGAUGCAUACUUAAAAGCACAGUGGGUCUUCGUCUGUCUCAGUGUUGUUUGUACGCUGGAGGUUUACUCUGUCUUUCUCUCCAUUGGAUUACUUAAUAAUCAUUUUAAUUUUAGUAAAGUUUCACUUUACUACUCCUAGAAAUGAGAGGAAAAUAUUGCCUACAUUCAUUUGCUAUGUUACACAGACCCAGGACACAGCAAAGGUAAAAGAUAAAAGAUCAAUUCUUAUGGAUCUCCUAGUUCCAAGCUUUUGAGGCUGCAUUAUAGAAACUUUGUAAUUAUUGUGGGUAAUCUUGCAGAAAAUUAAAUGUUGAGUUUGCAUAUGUGAAGAAGUUUGGGCUGUUUUGCUCACCAUAGCUUGUUAGUGCUUAGCAUCUCACUGUCCCUGUCAGGCUGUGGGUCAUACUACACCAUUGGUACCGUGCUAUUUGUGGCAUACGUGAAGUCCUCAGCAGGGGCACAGCAUCUUAUGUUUGAGGCAUAUUCUACAGAACUUGUAUCUGUAGUUUACUCAUCUGUUUCAAAAUGCUAGACCAGUGGUUUUCCACUAAGGGCAAUUUUGCCCCCACCCAAAGGACAUUUGGCAAUGAUAGAGGACAUUUUUGGUUAUUACAAGUGGGAAGAAGGUGCUAUGGGCAGCCUAUUGAGUAGAGACCAGGGAUGCUGCUGAACAUACAACGCAUAGGGCAACCCCCCCUCUAUAACAAAAAUGGAGAAUAGUGUUGAGAAGCCUUGUUCUAGAUUCUUCCAAAGUUUAAAUGGUAAAGGAGAAAGUAGGUAGCUUAACUAUUUUCAGAUUUUUAAAAUCUUUUAAAAAAUAUUUAUUUACUUUUUGAGAGAGAGAGAGAGAGAGCGAGCAAGCACACGAGCAGGGGGAGGGGCAGAGAGAGAGAGGGAGACACAGAAUCCGAAGCAGGCUCUGGGCUCUGAGCUGCCAGCACAGAGCCUGACGUGGGGCUCCAGCCCACUAACCGUGAGAUCAUGACCUGAGCUGAGGUCGGACGCUCAACCCACUGAGCCACCCAGGCAUCCCCUACUUUCAUAUUUUUUAAAUGGCUGAUUUUUUUUUUAUUAGAAGUUUCCCUAUGGGAUAUAGAAUAAAGAUGAAAAACACAAACAUGUCACAUAUUUGCUUUACAAAAUAUUUGGGGUGUGAUAUAUGUGUUGUGGCUAAUUGAGCUACAUAUGACAACCACUGAUCCAAUAAUAUUAAGAGCCUUGGCUUAUAGAGAGCUUACUAUGUACCAGACAUUGUCCACAGUGUCUGUCCAUACAGUAAUUCAGUUAAUCUUCAAAGAAACUCUGUUGAAGAGGUACCAUGACUGUGCCUUUCAGUACUCGGACACUUUAAAUACUCGAGUCUAGAGGACUAAGGUGAACUCCUGGCAGGGAGCAUAAGGAACAAGGCAUUGGCAGCACUGACCACAAUGUAUUUGGAAAAAGGAAGGCUUUAUUUUUCUAAAUGCCCCUGGUUGCUCAAGCUUUUAUUCUAUGGUGCUAUUAUUGCAAAAGUGCUUCUCUGGGAAACUAGGAUUGCCAUCAUAAAGCAGGCUUAUAUUUGCUUCUAGAGGGAGAAAAAGAAAAAAGGUUUUGUAACUCUCCACUUGCCAGUUUUGCACCCGGUCCCUUGCCUGGCUGUGUUUUCCCCUCCGCUCGCCGUUCUUGACCGAGCUGGUCUGCAGCUUGUGUGCAAACGACAGAGCGUGAGUACCCAUCGCAGCUCAGCCUUGGAAAUACGAAGGGGUUGCUCACACCUAUGGCCGUUACCUUCUAAGUUGUUUGUCCCCCGAGCCUCAUUGCCAGGGUUUUCAAGGGAUAUAAGACUCUCCUUUUAAACUUUUACCAUCGGAGUGGGUUUAAUCCACUAAAACCUCAUGUUUGAAAGAAUAAUGGGUAACAUUUCUCUAAGCAAGCCUCUUGGGAGAUUCUCCUAGAGCACAUUUAACAAUGGAAUUUUCCUUGGAAGUGCCACAGUGAAGGUCAUAUUCCCAGAGGGGGUUUCUUGUGGGAAUUGGCAUUGAGCUAGGUUUGCUGCCUCACACCUACUGAGGGUUUUGAGUCCAGAGAGUUAAGUUUGUCAUAGCUGAGGCAUCUUACCUUUGCCAAACUGGUCUAUUGUGUUCAACCUCAGUUGCCAUCAAAACCCGGAAAGAAAAACAUCACAAAUCACUAGAAAUACAUCAGCAUUCUGAGCAGCAGGAUUUAUGGGCCACUAAUGGAUAUCCUAGGCUAGUUACCUUCCCAGUAGUACUUGAAACACAUCUGCCUUUUUCUUACUGUAAAAGGCCUUUCUGUCAAGGAAUUAUGGAAUCCCCACGCCUGGGAGUGGGGUUGAGGAAAGUUGGUACUCUGGUCCUUGUUUUCUUUUAUAUCUUGCCCUCUUCACCAUUUUGCCUCUUUCUCUUCCUCAUUGAAAACCCAAAAUGAGUGUAGUAAGGAUCCAUUCACGUUUGGAGGGGUCUGUGCAAAGACCGGCAUAACUGGGGUACAGAGUGGGCUAGAAAGAGACCCAGCUCACAUAUUCCUUAUCUUCUGUUUCAAAAGAUAGUCAUCGUUCAUUUUUUUUCAUAGCAGCCUUCUCUGCAUCUAAAGGCUGAUUCCUAUAUGCAAUUCCUAUAGGUUAUUUUGUCCAUCAAGUUCCAGUAAAAUCUGCAAAGAAUGCUCAUGCCUUGGGGGAACUUCUGAUAUUUUGCAUGUGUUAGCUUUAGCCCUUUCUUGAGCUCCUGGGCCGACCCACUCUGGUCUUCUGUGGAGGAAAGGCCUGAAAGGCAGGUAAAUUAUACCCACAUCAGGAGGGACUAUAGCUCCUUUGUGACUUCUCCCUGUGAUAGUCUGUGAUUCCAUUUGGUAGCCACAGAUUUGGGUUCUGCCCCUGGCUUUGCCACUUAUUAACUUGUGCCCUUGGAGCAGAUUAGUUAACACUGCUCAGUUUCCAUGACUGUAAAAUGAAACAAAUCUUACAUAUACAAACAAGAUCAAGUGAUGUGAAAUAUGCAAAGCCCCAACUUUCAUGGAUAAAGAGUUUUUUGGUUUCUGGGAUAAUACUACUGGCUAUACUACUGGAGAGUAGUUGUGCUUAGCUCCUGGAGAGUUGAUUGUGCUUAGUUUUGUAAAAAAAAAAAAAAAAAAAAAAAAAAAAAAAAAAGUAGUGCAGGGGCUACAAACUAGAAUCAUCUCUGGACUCAUUAGAAUGCAGAUUCCAUGCCUGUAGCCCAAUGGUUUGAGUAAGAGUCUCUAGAGGGUGGGAUCCAGGAACUCGUAUUUUUAGAAACACCUCAUGUGACUCUCACACCCUUCAGAAUUUGAGGAGCGCUGGGUUAGCCAACAACCUUUCCCGUUCCGUGAUGCGCUUUCCUUCCUGGUGCGUUAUAGCCACAUCUAGAGAAUUCUAGGCUCUCUACUUGCAGGUUCUUCUCAUCCCGGCGGAGUCCGUCUUUGAGCCUGUUAACUCUCCCAGCUUAUAAGCAGUCCUUCUUAUGGUAGGCCCCACGUGGUUGGGUAACCUAAAUAAUGUGAUAAUGAGAAGGGACCAAAGGUCACAAGAUUGUUAACACGUGUGAGGGGAUUGUAGGCUUAGCCUAUCAGGUGAGGGAAAGGUUAGCACACCAACUGUAUCCACACUUCAAAGCCUGCGGAUAGUUUGCUGCGCUAACUUAAUUAUCUGUGCUAUUGAUAUCUUUGAUGAACAUGUCUAUACCCCGGAUACAGUUACUUCACAGUAGGAGAUAGCAGGAGGUGGCUUGUUCGGUUGCCAACUUCCUAAAAUGCUUUUUAGAGUCAGCUGGGUUGCUUAGGCCUCUCUUGCUCUUGGAUUAAAUAUAAAAAUAACUAUGUAAAGCAUAUCAACCCUCUUUUCCCUGUCUGCUGAAACUGCAAUCUCCUGUGCUUUUUCUAGAACCCAUUAAAGAAGGAGGAGGAGAGGAGGGGUGACAAUAUGUAAAACCCCAAAGCCCACAGCAGAUACUUGCCCAGGACGGAUCCCGCUGUUGGCUCUCAGCUGAGGGAGAAGAGAAGCCGGUCACCUGAGUACAUACUAGUUCCUUUUUGACUGGCCGGGGGGUUGAUUAGGGAACCAUGAGCCUUGUGUCUAUGUUCUUUCUUCUCUCUGGAGCCACGUUAGUCAACUGACCUCUCCGCCAGAAGCUUGGAAGGGAAAGAAACGCAACCCAAAUCAGAGCUGACAAUUUACUGGCUCAUCAAUGAAACAAUAUUAAAUUAUGAAGAUGUAAGGAAAAAAUCCUACGCUAACAUUGUUGCAGUUUGAAAGGCUUCUCUGCAGAAUGUCAAACAAAGAUCGACACAUUGAUUCCAGCUGUUCGUCCUUCAUCAAGACGGAACCCUCCAGCCCGGCCUCCUUGACGGACAGUGUCAACCACCACAGCCCAGGUGGCUCCUCAGACGCCAGCGGGAGCUACAGUUCAACCAUGAAUGGCCAUCAGAACGGACUUGACUCGCCACCUCUCUACCCUUCUGCUCCUAUCCUAGGAGGUAGUGGGCCUGUCAGGAAACUGUAUGAUGACUGCUCCAGCACCAUUGUUGAAGAUCCCCAGACCAAGUGUGAAUACAUGCUCAACUCGAUGCCCAAGAGACUGUGUUUAGUGUGUGGUGACAUUGCUUCUGGGUACCACUACGGGGUAGCAUCAUGUGAAGCCUGCAAAGCAUUCUUCAAGAGGACGAUUCAAGGUAAUAUAGAAUAUAGCUGCCCUGCCACGAACGAAUGUGAAAUCACAAAGCGCAGACGUAAAUCCUGCCAGGCUUGCCGCUUCAUGAAGUGUUUAAAAGUGGGCAUGCUGAAAGAAGGGGUGCGCCUUGACAGAGUACGUGGAGGUCGGCAGAAGUACAAGCGCAGAAUAGAUGCGGAGAACAGCCCCUACCUGAACCCUCAGCUGGUUCAGCCAGCCAAAAAGCCAUUGCUCUGGUCUGAUCCUGCAGAUAACAAGAUUGUCUCACAUUUGUUGGUGGCCGAACCGGAGAAGAUCUAUGCCAUGCCUGACCCUACGGUCCCUGACAGUGACAUCAAAGCCCUCACUACACUGUGUGACUUGGCUGACCGCGAGUUGGUGGUUAUCAUUGGAUGGGCGAAGCAUAUUCCAGGCUUCUCCACGCUGUCCCUGGCGGACCAGAUGAGCCUUCUGCAGAGUGCUUGGAUGGAAAUUUUGAUCCUUGGUGUCGUAUACCGAUCUCUUUCAUUUGAGGAUGAACUUGUCUAUGCAGAUGAUUAUAUAAUGGAUGAAGACCAGUCCAAAUUAGCAGGCCUUCUUGACCUAAAUAAUGCUAUCCUGCAGCUGGUAAAGAAAUACAAGAGCAUGAAGCUGGAGAAAGAAGAAUUUGUCACCCUCAAAGCGAUAGCUCUUGCUAAUUCAGACUCCAUGCACAUAGAAGAUGUCGAAGCUGUUCAGAAGCUUCAGGAUGUGUUACACGAGGCCCUGCAGGAUUAUGAGGCCGGCCAGCACGUGGAGGACCCGCGCAGGGCCGGCAAGAUGCUGAUGACCCUGCCGCUCCUGAGGCAGACCUCCACCAAGGCCGUGCAGCACUUCUACAACAUCAAACUAGAAGGCAAAGUCCCCAUGCACAAACUGUUUUUGGAAAUGCUGGAGGCCAAGGUCUGACUAAAAGCUUCCUGGGCCUUCCUAUUCUGCACGCCGAAAAAGGGAAAAUAAACCCAAGAGUGAUGUCGAAGAAACUUAGAGUUUAGUUAACAACAUCAAAAAUCAACGGACUGCACUGAUAAUUUAGCAGCAAGACUAUGAAGCAGCUUUCAGAUUCCUCCAUAUCUUCCCGAUGAGUUUCUUUCUACCUUAUCUCCUCUCCUUUCUCCCUUUCUUCUCUCAUUUCUUUUGCUCUUUUUUUUCUCCUUCCCUUAUUCCUCUUUUCCCUCAUCUCUUAGCUUUCUUCAUUACUGAUUCCCGCUUGCCUUCAUUUCCUUCCUUCUGUCCUUCCUUCCUCCUCCUCCUCUCUUUUCCUCUCUUCCUUCCUCCUUCUCCUCUUUUCUCAUCCUUCCCCUUUCUCCUAAAUUUCACAUAUGUCUAGUUGUAAGGAAAUUGUCCCUUUCCUUUCCUUUCCUUUCCUUUCCUUUCCUUUCCUUUCCUUUCCUUUCCUUUCCUUUCCUUUCUCUUCCUUCCUUCUUUCCUUCCUUCCUUCCUUCCUUCCUUCCUUCCUUCCUUCCUUCCUUCCUUCUGCUGCUGAACUUCUAAAAGAGGUCUCUAACUGAAGAGAGAUGGAAGGCAGCCCUGCCAAAGGAUGGAAAUCCAUAAUAUGGAUGCCAGUGAGCUUGUUGUGAACCAUAACAUCCCCAGUGACUAAGGAAUCAAAGAGAGAGAACCAACGUACCUAAAAGUACAGUGCAACACAAACAAAUUGACUGAGUGCAGUAUUAGCUUUCACGGGAGCAGCCUCUAAUUAGACAACUUAAGCGACGUUGCAUCGGCUGCUUCUUAUCAUUGCUUUUCCAUCUAGAUCAGUUACAGCCAUUUGAUUCCUUAAUUGUUUUUUCAAGUCUUCCAGGUAUUUGUUAGUUUAGCUACUAUGUAACUUUUUCAGGGAAUAGUUUAAGCUUUAUUCAUUCAUGCAAUACUAAAGAGAAAUAAGAAUACUGCAAUUUUGUGCUGGCUUUGAACAAUUAUGAACAAUAAUGAAGGACAAAUGAAUCCUGAAGGAAGAUUUUUAAAAAUGUUUUGUUUCUUCUUACAAAUGGAGAUUUUUUUGUACCAGCUUUACCACUUUUCAGCCAUUUAUUAAUAUGGGAAUUUAACUUACUCAAGCAAUAGUUGAAGGGAAGGUGCAUAUUAUCACGGAUGCAAUUUAUGUUGUGUGCCAGUCUGGUCCCAAACAUCAGUUUCUUAACACGAGCGCCAGUUUACCUAAAUGUUCACUGACACAAAGGAUUAGAUUACACCUACAGUGACUCCAAGCAGUCACGUAUCUUACGCACUGCACAUGGAGAACAGAUCCGUAGAAUUAUCAGGAGUGCGCCUCUCUACCCGGGAGGUACAGUUGCCAUACGAUUUCUAGCUGCCAUGGUGGUUAGGAAUGAGAUACUGCCUGUUUGCAAAGUUACAGACCUUGUCUCAGAAGGAGCUGUGAGCCAGUAUUCACUUAAGAGGCAAUAAGGCAAAUGCCAGAAAUUGAGGAAAAAAAAAAUCAUCAAAGACAGCAGACGCCUGACCAAAUUCUAAAACCUAAUCUUUAUGAGUUUAUUCAUUUAGGAAUGUUUGUUUAAAUUAAUCUGCAGUUUUUACCAAGAGCUAAGCCAAUAUAUGUGCUUUUCAACCAGUAUUGUCACAGCAAGAAAGUCAGUCAGGUUCCAGACUGUUAAGAGGUGUAAUCUAAUGAAGAAAUCAAUUAGAUACCCCCGAAAUCUACAGUCGCUGAAUAACCAAUAAACAGUAACCUCCAUCAAAUGCUAUACCAAUGGACCAGUGUUAGUAGCUGCUCCCUGUACUAUGUGAACAGUCUUAUUCUAUGUACACAGAUGUAAUUAAAAUUGUAAUCCUAACAAACAAAAGAAAUGUAGUUCAGCUUUUCAAUGUUUCAUGUUUGCUGUGCUUUUCUGAACUUUAUGUUGCAUUCGGAGACUGUCGUCUUGUUCUUCUUGUGGUGUUUGGAUUCUUGUGGUGUGUGCUUUUAGACACAGGGUAGAAUUAGAGACAAUAUUGGAUGUACAAUUCCUCAGGAGACUACAGUAGUAUAUUCUAUUCCUUACCAGUAAUAAGGUUCUUCCUAAUAAUAAUUAAGAGAUUGAAACUCCAAACAAGUACUCAUUAUGAACAGAUACACAUCAAAAUCAUGAUAAUAUUUUCAAAACAAGGAAUAAUUUCUCUAAUGGUUUAUUAUAGAAUACCAAUGUAUAGCUUAGAAAUUAAAACUUUGACUAUUUCAAGAAUAUAGAUAAGUCUAAUUUUUAAAUGCUGUAUAUAUGGCUUUCACUCAAUCAUCUCUCAGAUGUUGUUAUUAACUAGCUCUGUGUUGUUGCAAAACUUUUUGGUGCGGACACGUUUCCAAAACUAUUGCUACUUUGUGUGCUUUAAACAAAAUACCUUGGGUUGGUGUUUCAUCAGCCUAGUGCUAGGAAUACUGUGUAUCUAUCAUUAGCUAUAUGGGACUAUAUCGUAGAUUGUGGUUUCUCAGUAGAGAAGUGACUGUAGUGUGACUCUAGAUAAAUCAUCAUUAGCAAUUCAUUCAGAUGGUCAAUAACUUGAAAUUUAUAGCUGUGAUAGGAGUUCAGAAAUUGGCACAUCCCUUUAAAAAUAACAACAGAAAAUACAACUCCUGGGAACAAAAAGGUGCUGAUUCUAUAAGAUUAUUUAUAUAUGUAAGUAUUUAAAAAGAUUAUUUUCCAGAAAGUCGGUGCAGGGUUUAAGUUGCUACUGUUCAACCACACUAUAUAGAAGUAAAAUAGAUGCGAUGUAUACGUUGUUUUCACUGUAUCACAUUAAAGUACUUGGGCUUCAGAAGUCAGAGCCAACCAACUGAAAACAGGAGCUGGAGAUGUGCGAAAGGAAUGAGGUACCAAUCUUAGUUUUCAGUUUAAGUGACUCUUGGCGUUUCCAAGAACAAGCAUCUCACAUGUAGGAGACACGACUUUAAAAGGCAGAUCCAAAAGAGCUGCACGGGCUUUGGGGUCAAUGCUCAUCUUAAACCUCGCUCGAGGUAAGUUUUUUUCAAGUUUCAAGCAAGGCCAUUUACUUAAUGUGAAGUUUUGGAAAGGUAUGAAAGAGUAUGUUUUCACCAUAUGAUUUGAACUUUCAUUUCGCUUCUUUUAGGUUUGUUCUUAUUUAAAGCAAUAUGAUUGUGUGGCUAUCUGUAGUUACACUUGUGUUUCAAUCAGAUCAGAUUGUUGUAUUUAUUCCACUAUUUUGCAUUUAAAUGAUAACAUAAAAGAUAUGAAAUAUUUAAAACUGCUAUUUUUCUUAUAGAAGAGAAAAUGGGUGUUGGUGAUUGUAUUUUAAUUAUUUAAGCGUCUCUGUUUACCUGCCUAGGAAAACAUUUUAUGGCAGUCUUAUGUGCAAAGAUCGUAAAAGGACAAAAAAUUUAAACUGCUUAUCAUAAUCCAGGAGUUGCAUUAUAGCCAGUAGUAAAAAGAAUAAUAAUAAUAAUAAAACCAUGUCUAUAGCUGUAGAUGGGCUUCACAUCUGUAAAGCAAUCAAUUGUAUAUUUUUGUGAUGUGUACCAUACUGUGUGCUCCAGCAAAUGUCCAUUUGUGUAAAUGUAUUUAUUUUAUAUUGUAUAUAUUGUUAAAUGCAAAAAGGAGAUAUGAUUCUGUAACUCCAAUCAGUUCAGAUGUGUAACUCAAAUUAUUAUGCCUUUCAGGAUGACGGUAGAGCAAUAUUAAACAAGCUUCCACUUUU